AUCGAUACCCGUCGUGGGAUAUUAGUCCGCGCCGCGCCGGGCCACCGCGAGCCCGCGUCGCGGCCAUGAACGCGCGAGCUCUAUUCAUCGCGCUAUCAGCACUCCUUCUAGCAUCUAUUGGAAAUGCCGAGAAAAGCAAGUUCUAUUAUAUGGACUCUCUCUGCAAGGACCACUUCCUGCAGCGGCAGUAUCGGAAACUUGACGGUGGCGUGCUGUGGUCCCGCAAUGAGAGGAACCUGGACUGCACUGUCACCUUCCAGACGCACAGCAUUCUGCAGCGGUUUAUGCUGCACUUUGAGCUGCUACAGCUCGACUGCAAUGAUCACCUCUAUGUCUACGAUGGCGCACACGCCACUGCACCUCCUAAGGCAGACCUGUCCUGCCGCAACACGAAGCAGCAGGUGGGCGCGCUGUUCACGCGCAGCAACUUUGUCACCCUCAAGUACGUGACCGACAACUGGGGCACCGACGCCAAUGGGUUCAAACUGGUUAUCACUUCCGUCAAAGACCCUAAACACGGGUGCAAGGAGUUCCGGUGCAAGCAGCGGGAGUUCUGCGUAAGCGCAGACCUCACCUGUGACGGCGUCGACCAUUGCGCAGACGGAUCUGAUGAAGAUACCGCUGCGUUAUGCCCCGAGAACGGCAGUGGCGGUAGCAGCGAGGCGUGGAUGGUGGUGGCUGGUGGCGCUGCAGCAUUACUAGUGCUUUUAAUAGCUGCCUUGCUGUGCUGCUAUUGUCGUCGAAGAGCACCCAACCGCCGAACACACCUACAUUUAGAACAAAUGGCGAGCAGUAACGGCGCGGGAAAGGCCGUGCCGAGCUCGCCUGGCAGCACCACGCGACUGCCGGGAAACUGGGCGCACCCUGCGGGCCCGCGCGGGGCUGCAUUGCAGGUACAGGGCGGCGCGCCCGGGCCGCCUGCGGGCGCGGGCGCAGCGCUGAGCGGCGCCGCCCCGCACAAGGACGAGUGGUUCGUCUGAGGCGGCCCGGUCGGGCCCGCAGGGCGGGGGCGCCGUACCGGCCCCCUUCCGCACCCAGUUUCGGGUCUACACCGCACACACCCGACACUCGACACCCAACACCCAUACAUCCAUCCAUCAAUCGACGCGUGGAAAGUACGUGUAUGCAAUUUCUUAUGGUAAUUUGUAUCGCGGAAUAUUUUUCAUUUGUAAAGAUUUUUGUAGCAGUUAUGAGUACAUGUCGGUGGUGGAUUGGAAGAAAUAAUUUUAUUAGUCGUGGUGUAGGUGAUAGGCCCCGAUAGACCGUUGAUCGUGAUUUUUAUGUUCAUUUAGAUUUCUGUUAAUAUUUAAGAAAAUCUAUAAAGUUAUAAGAAAAAAUUUAUACAUAUUUUAAGCUCUUUUUUAUAUUCUAUGUGGCGCGCUCUUAGUUUACAUCGGGUCGGUUUUAAACCUUUUAAAUGUUAUUUACAAAUGAUGCAAUAAAAUCGUAGUAAUCAUAUCAUAAAAAUUAAGUGUAACGAUAAUAAUAAAAUCUUCUGCAGCUAUAUUCAAGAAGCAACAAUAAUUAAACGAAACUUCGAGAUAUCCACUAUAUUGUGAUAAGCUACAAUAUAUCGCUAAUUCAUAAAUAAAACAGUUAAAAUCGUAUCUUAUUUUUAUUACCUAUUUUUAAUCAAGAUAUUGAGAUUUUACAAAUAACAAUUUUGACACAGGCUUUCAUUAUCAUACUAUUUUACAAAAGCUAUUCAGUUGUAUGUUUUUGCGUCAGUCAGUUCUAAUAAGCAACACUGGACCAGUUUAGCAAUAAUCUAUUGAAUUAAAGUGUUCCGAUAACUUGAUCAAUAACAUUAUUUUAGUACUUAAUACAAAUUAAAAGCAAUACACAUUUUACUCCGUUUUCUUUGACUUGGCAACAGAUGGCGCUGUUUUAGUUUAACAAACAGACACAAACUUCCAUUGGGCGAUAUUCAGAAACGAGACUGAGCUGGAUAACAUACGAGAGUCAUGGCCUAGGUCUUGUUUCCAAAUCUUAGCCUAUAAAAUCAAUACCACGAUCAAAAUCAUGUGAAUUUAAUUUAUAUAUUCCAUUGAACUGUAUAACUAGAUCGCGUCACUUACCUGUUCUAGACAUAUCUAUUGCGAUAGUAUUAAAUUCUAAGUGGUCGACUCGCGUUUGUUAAGGUAUUUUGGCUACAAAAUCCUGGUAGCGUGUAUCAAUCAGACUACGGCUCCUGUACGCCGAAUUUCCUAUACGUUUUUGUCACAAGGGAGCGCUAAGUCUCUUACCCUUAGAUCUCGGAUGAAUUUGCGAGCUGAAACGGACAAUUGUUUUCGAUCGCGGUUCGACCACGAUUUUUGUUGAAACAAUAAACUAUUUAAAGUAAGAUCAAAAGUUUUUAUACGUUUCCUAAUAUUUUGCAUAAUAAAACAUAAUCAUGAUUCAUAAUCAUAGAAUAGAAGAAUGUAUAAAUUUAAUUUAAAUAUAAAUAAGGUGUGUCCUAAACUUUAUAAGACGUUGGAGCGUAUGUUUGUACCUUUGAAUAGAUCUUGUAUAAUAUUAUCGCGCUGAUAAUCUGAUGAAUCUAUCCGAAUGUAUGAAAUUAAUAAUUUUAGUGGACUUUUUUUAGAUAAACUUGUUUAGUGGGCGUUCGCGCCGUGUAUUUUGGUGUUAAUGCAGUGUAAAUUUAUUAUGACAUUAAACAUUUUUGGCUUAUC